UGUUGAAUGCCCUUGCCCUCCGGAGGGAACUAUUUACAAUUGCUUAAAUAUUAUGUUACCGGACUUUACCAACUUAAAAUAAUAUAUUUCCGAUCAAAGUUUGCACCCAGCCCAAUAUUAAAUCACUAUACGUUCUUAAAACGUGUAUUACACGCUGAUUGGCCGGCCGGGCUUCUGCUCCUGCGCGUUACAUUAGCUUCCGCAGCUAAGGGUUGUGAGAGGAAGAGAAAUAUAUUUUGCAUUUUCAAUUGAAGCGGUUCCGAUUUCCUAAUUAUUUUGUUACGUCAUAAAAGUGCGCGGAAAUGGUCUUGGGGGUAAAGCCAUUCCAACAGCAACUAUGGCCCCCAAAGAUAUGAUGACCAACUCCCACGCAAAGUCAAUUUUGAAUACCAUGAAUUCUCUUAGAAAGAGCCACACUUUGUGUGAUGUAACACUACGUGUUGACUACAAGGAUUUCCCAGCUCACCGUAUUGUGCUUGCUGCUUGCAGUGAUUACUUCUGUGCCAUGUUCACCAGUGAGCUCUCAGAGAGAGGUAAACCAUAUGUUGAUAUUCAGGGACUUACUUCUUCCACCAUGGAAAUUCUUUUGGAUUUUGUGUAUACAGAGACUGUUCAUGUGACAGUGGAAAAUGUGCAGGAGCUGUUGCCUGCUGCCUGCUUACUGCAACUUAAAGGUGUGAAACAGGCGUGUUGUGACUUUCUCGAGUCUCAGCUUGAUCCAUCAAACUGUCUGGGGAUACGAGACUUUGCAGAGACUCAUAACUGCCUUGACCUGAUGGAGGCGGCUGAGGUUUAUAGCCAGAAGCACUUCCCAGAGGUUGUACAACAUGAAGAAUUUAUACUUUUGCAGCAGGAGGAGGUAGAGAAGCUAAUCUGUUGCGAUGAGAUUCAGAUAGAUUCGGAGGAGCCAGUGUUUGAAGCUGUUAUAAACUGGGUAAGACACAGCAAGCAACAGCGUGAGAAGUCACUUCCUCAACUUCUUCAAUAUGUCCGCAUGCCUUUACUGACUCCACGUUACAUUACAGAUGUAAUUGACACAGAGCCCCUCAUACGUUGCAGUUUGCAGUGCAGAGACCUAGUAGAUGAAGCAAAAAAAUUUCAUCUGCGCCCAGAGCUGAGAAGCCAAAUGCAGGGACCUAGAACCAGGGCAAGAUUGGGUGCUAAUGAGGUUCUUCUUGUUAUUGGUGGAUUUGGUAGUCAACAAUCUCCUAUAGAUGUUGUGGAAAAAUAUGAUCCCAAGACUCAAGAAUGGAGCUUCCUUCCGAGUAUCACUCGUAAGCGACGUUAUGUGGCUACUGUGUCACUUGGAGAUCGAGUCUAUGUGAUUGGUGGAUAUGAUGGGCGCUCACGUCUUAGCUCAGUGGAGUGUUUAGAUUACACUUCAGAAGAGGAUGGGGUCUGGUAUUCUGUAGCCCCCAUGAAUGUGAGACGAGGGUUAGCAGGGGCUACCACUCUAGGAGACAUGAUCUACGUUUCAGGUGGGUUUGAUGGUAGCCGUCGUCAUACUAGCUUGGAGCGCUAUGACCCCAACAUUGAUCAGUGGAGCAUGCUAGGAGAUAUGCAAACAGCGCGAGAAGGUGCAGGGCUCGUUGUUGCUAAUGGUGUAAUUUAUUGCUUAGGUGGUUACGAUGGAUUAAAUAUUCUGAGCUCUGUUGAACGAUAUGACCCUCACACAGGUCACUGGAGUCAUGUGACACCUAUGGCUACAAAGCGCUCAGGUGCUGGUGUGUCUCUACUGAAUGACCACAUCUUUGUGGUGGGUGGGUUUGAUGGCACAGCUCAUCUGUCCUCUGUGGAGGCUUAUAACAUCCGUACAGACUCCUGGACAACAAUGACAAGCAUGACCACACCCCGCUGUUAUGUUGGAGCAACAGUACUACGUGGCAGGCUAUAUUCCAUUGCUGGUUAUGAUGGAAAUUCUCUGCUAAACAGCGUUGAAUGUUAUGAUCCUGUCAUCAACAACUGGGAAGUAGUGACAUCAAUGGCUACUCAGCGAUGUGAUGCUGGUGUUUGUGUUCUUCGUGAAAAAUGAGCUGUAAUAAGCUCGUUAUAUUGGAAGUUUAUUUGUAGGUGUCCAAGUACUGUGAAGACAUUUAGAUUAUUUCUACCAUAUGCUGAACUGUACUUUUUUUCUGCAGUUAUGAAGGAAAUUCUCUGAUAAACAGCCUUGAAUGUUUUAUGUUAUGGUCCACUCAUGAACUACUGGGAAGUAGUAACAUCAAUGGCUACUCAGCGAUGUGAUGCUGGCAUCCUCCAUGACAAAAAGAACUGUGAUAAGCUCAUUGUAUAACCUUCUUUAUAGGUGUCCAAAUACUGUGGAAUCUGAUCACAGUGUGUAAAAAUAUAUAUAUAUUUACAUAAAUAUACAUUUAUAAAUUC